UGAUCUCACUAGCCUCGAUGCUACUGUACCACCCCAGCACACAAUAGCAAAGAAUAGUGUGCUGCUACAACACUGAUAAAACUGAUAUUAGAUAUUCAGGAGCCUGUUGCACACACACACACACACACACACACACACACACACACUAAAAGAUCCAAAUCUCCUCAGGGAGGAUAGUGUGCUCUCACACUGCCUGAAGAGGGCGCCAGUGUGAUGUGACCAGGCCUGUUUUUAUUGCUGUCAGACCCCAAGGCGCUUGUAUGAGCUCAUUCUCUCCGCUUCCUCUGUUGGUAACUUUGACAGGGUGCCUCCUUUUCCUCCAGUAGGAUACCACCAGCUCAGAUAAGGGCAUCUACACGUACAUUUCUUAUUUCUAAGCAACAGAACAGCAAAACAGAACUAGACACUAGACAGUUUGCCCUUCUCUCCUCCUCUCUACUUCCACCCUUAUUACACAUUCACCUUGACAACAGUGUCCACAAGGUCAAAUAAAACAAAAUUAGAUAAAAUAAGACAUAACAAAAUAUAACAAAAUAUAACAUGAGAGACAUUACGUAGGCGAGUACCCACAGGGCGUAUUGUUGUGGUUACAGCAGUGAGUCUACAUCAAGUCUGAGUCAAUCAAUAGAAUUGAAUAUAUCUUUCUAUCUAUCUAUAAGACAGUGGUUAAACAUGUUGCACAGUGUAGAUAUUUAAUUGCAGAUUGAGAGAGUCCUUAUGGUCAAUAUAGGGUUGGCAUAACUUAAUGAGCUGAUCGUAUCUGCUUCUCAGAACAUGUUAUUUUCUCCAAAGGGCAAUCUGAUUUCCAUGUUAGAGCUAUACGUUUUCUUGCAACAGGAAGUGCAUUCUUAAUAUAUUUCAAGUUUUGCAAGUAAACAUAACUCAGGCCCUGUUGUAUCUUCGCACACAGCCAUGUAACAUGUGAAAAGUACCCUCUGCUGUGCCACAUCUAAGACACAUCAGUGUAAAUGCAAAAAGUACAGAGGGAACUCCAUCACACAGUUUUCCUUUAAGUGUUAACAUUUCUUGAAACAAUGGAGGCAAGACAAGGAAUAUUCCUGUCCCACCCGGGGAUUCCCAUGAAAAAAAAGUGUUGCGCCAGCCCAUGAAGCACACACCCAAAGCAGGUGGAGCCAAAACAGCAGGAUAGGACAAGCUGCAGACUUUUAUAGAGGAGAGCUCCGAUAUGAAAGUACAUUAUCACAAGGGCCAGCCUGUUAAGGAGACACGUUAUUCAGCCUUGACCAACAAGAGUGAAAACAGACUGAUAAUUGGAUAUUCAUCAUGGAGAUCAAUCGUGUACUGAGUGGAGAUCAGAUUGACUUUCUCUCUACUGAGUACAUCGUGUUACUAAUUCCCAGUGUGAUUGGGAGUUUUUCUGUCCUGGCGGUUUCCAUAUGGAAAUGGAGACGUUUACACCAACAGGUACACCUCCUGGUGCAGCUCGCCCUGGCAGACCUCCUGGCUGCUCUGAUCCUGAUAUCCACCAGUAUCAUGAACAAAGUCAGCACUGAAAACAGCAUGUUUGUCUGCCAAUACCUCCUGCCGCUGUCACUGACAUUUUAUUUGAUUUCAUUUCUGCUGGUGGUGCUUUAUGCAUGGAAGUCCAAGAACGCAUUCCAAGGUUGGAGAGCAAGACCCACAGAGGACGAACGGGGACAGAGUCGGAGUAGAAGGAAAAUAGUCACUAUACCUGUCUAUGCCUUUGUUUGGUUGAUCCCCAUGGCAUUAUACUUAGCAUAUGUGCUCACUCCCUUCAUAAAACCUACUUUGCUGUUUCCAGUCACUGACCGAUCAUUGAUCCUCCCUAAUAAUACCAAAUACUGCACCAGUUGUAUCUUGUUCUUGCACAUCUGGAGGGAUUCCUGCUCUGUCACUGAGAGACUGCAUGACAUUUUUAUCAUAGUUUUUCUUAUCCUCAUCGUGAUACCAGUGAUGUUGUCCUGCGCUGUCAUUUACUAUAAGGUUGGUAAAUGGUAUGAAAGACAUGAGCAGGAAGGACUUUUUCCUGUGGAGGGAGAUGGACGUUCAAGGAGGAGAUUCAAAAGAAUGAUUUCGACAGCAAGAAAUAUGGUGAUGGUCAUCUUGUUCUGCUGGACACCAGCUCUUGUCCUCAUUCUGCUGUCUACUCUGAUGAUGUGGACAACCAUUGAACAACGCAGCCUAUUUGGCAUUUUUGCAAUACAGGCUGCCAGUGUGUCCCUGCAAGGCUUCCUGAACAGUAUGGUUUACGCCUGGAGGCGGCCCAACUUCACGGAGGCCGUUCUUGGGGAGAAUACACCCCUGGUGGCACAUGACCGCCUGGCCUUCUUUGAGGAAUCACUGAGGAGCUCGUAGUGAUUGUUGACUCUAAACGCAUUCAGAGACAUUGUUGUGCCGCGGGAACAACACUCUGGCCUGAGAAAGACUGACUGCACACCUGCACACUACAUGACUUCGUGUCAAUCAUUGUGAAACACAAAACUAUUUCAUUUGAGGACUGGGGAUGAAAAGAAAUAGAACAAAAAGUUAAAGGAUGUACAAAGAUUCUUUAAAAAACACCAACUGAUGCAGUGUUUUACUCUGCAGCUGCU